UCCUUUGUACCAAUCCAACAAUGGCCCUUGAAUAUUCUUCAUCCUACUCCUUUCUCUCCCGACUCAUCAUCACUCCUUUUUUCUUCAUAUUUCUCAUUUUCCCUCUGUAUUCAAUAUUAUCAUUCCAUGUCACCUUUACAUCUGCCUCUACACCUGCCACUUCUCUUUCGAAUGUUCAACAAGAUCAGGAAGCACUUACUCUUCUAACAUGGAAGGCUAGUCUUGAUAAUCAAACCCGAUCUUUCCUUUCUUCUUGGUCUGGACGCAAUUCUUGUCAUCAUUGGUUUGGAGUGACUUGUCACAAGUCAGGAAGUGUCUCCAAUUUAGACCUUGAUAGUUGCGGUUUGAGAGGUACACUCCAUAAUCUCAAUUUCUCAUCACUUCCUAACCUCCUCAUUCUUAAUCUUCAUAACAACUCCCUCUAUGGAACCAUUCCAAUCAACAUUGGUAAUCUUUCCAAAUUGAUCAUAGUUCUUGACUUUGGUUUCAAUCAUUUCAUUGGUGUAAUACCUCACCAACUUGGAUUUCUAACAUCUCUUAACUUUCUAGCAUUGUCUUCUAAUAAUUUCGAAGGCCCAAUUCCUCCUUCCAUAGGGAACUUGAGGAAUUUAACCACAUUGUACCUUCAUACUAACAAAAUUUCUAGUUCCAUCCCUAAAAAAAUUGGAUUGUUGAGAUCUCUUAGUGUUAUUGAUUUGUCAGCUAAUAAUCUCACUGGUUUGAUCCCUCCAUCUAUAGGAAACUUAAGGAACUUAACCAUUUUGUCUCUUUUUAAGAACAAACUUUCUAGUUCCAUCCCUCAAGAAAUUGGAUUGUUAAAAUCUCUUAAUUUUCUUGAUUUGUCAACUAACAAUCUCACUGGUCCAAUUCCUCCUUCCAUAGGUAACUUGAGGAACUUAACCACUUUGUACCUUCAAAGAAACAAACUAUUUGGUUCUAUCCCUCAAGAAAUUGGAUUGCUAAGAUCUCUGAAUGAUCUUCGAUUGUCAACUAACAAUCUUAUUGGUUCGAUCCCUUCUUCCAUAGGAAACUUGAGGAACUUAACCACUUUGUCUCUUUUUAAGAAUGAGCUUUCUGGUUCUAUCCCUCAAGAAAUUGGAUUGUUAAGAUCUCUUAAUGAUCUUCAAUUGUCAAAUAACAAUCUUACUGGUUCAAUCCCUUCUGUCAUUGGAAACUUGAGAAAUUUAACCACUUUGUAUCUUUUUAAGAACCAGCUUUCUGGUUCCAUCCCUCAAGAAAUUGGAUGGUUGAGAUUGCUUGAUGAUCUUUACUUGGCAUUUAACAAUCUCAACGGUUCAAUACCAGCUUCCAUAGGAAACUUGUCUGGCUUAACCUUUUUGUCCCUUCAUUACAAUAGACUCAGUGGUGCCAUUCCUCCAGAAAUGAAUAAUAUCACUCAUUUGAAAUCUUUGCAGUUAGGUGAGAAUAACUUCAUUGGCCAACUACCACAAGAGAUAUGCCAUGGUAGUGUUCUUGAAAACUUUUUCGCCUUUGGAAACCAAUUCACUGGUCCUAUUCCAAAGAGCUUGAAAAAUUGCACUAGCUUAUUUAGAGUUCGGCUUGAAAGAAACCAACUUACAGGAAACAUAGCUGAAAGUUUUGGUGUCUACCCGAACCUAAAUUAUAUUGAUCUAAGCAACAACAAUUUUUAUGGUGAGUUUUCUGAGAAAUGGGGGCAGUGCCACAUGCUGACACACCUGAACAUCUCCAACAACAAUAUUUCUGGUGUUAUACCGCCUCAACUUGGGAAAGCAAUUCAACUGCAACAACUUGAUCUCUCCGCCAAUCGUUUGAGUGGGACAAUCCCAAAAGAAUUGGGUAUGUUUCCCUUAUUGUUCAAAUUGUUGCUAGGCAACAACAUUCUUUCAGGAAAUAUUCCUUUGGAAUUGGGAAACUUAUCCAAUCUUGAAAUCCUUGACUUGGCAUCAAACAGCUUAAGCGGUCCAAUUCCCAAACAACUAGGGAACUUCUGGAAAUUAUCAUCCUUGAACUUGAGCGAGAAUAGAUUUGUGGACAUCAUUCCCGACGAAAUUGGAAAGAUGCAUCAUCUUGAAAGUCUCGAUCUUAGUCAAAAUAUGUUGACAGGAGAGAUACCACCGCUGCUAGGUGAAUUACAGUACCUAGAAACGUUGAAUCUCUCCCAUAACGAGCUCUUUGGCACCAUCCCACACACGUUUGAGGAUCUGAUAAGCCUGAUAGCUGCUGAUAUAUCCUACAAUCAAUUGGAAGGUCCUCUUCCCAACAUCAAAGCCUUUGCUCCAUUUGCCGCAUUCAAAAAUAAUAAAGGUCUAUGCGGUAAUAAUGUCACUCAUCUCAAGCCAUGCAGUGUUAGUCGAAAGAAGGCCAACAAGUUUUCUGUUUUGAUCAUAAUACUCCUCACUGUGAGCACUCUAUUGUUCUUAUUUGCUUUAAUUAUUGGCAUUUAUUUUCUUUUCCAAAAAUUGAGGAAGAGAAAAACCAAGUUUCCAGAAGUAAAUGUUGAAGAUCUAUUUGCAAUAUGGGGCCAUGAUGGGGAAUUGUUGUAUGAGCAAAUCAUACAAGGGACUGACAAUUUCAGUUCGAGACAGUGUAUUGGCACUGGAGGAUAUGGUACUGUUUACAAGGCUGAGUUGCCAACAGGUCGGAUUGUUGCUGUUAAAAAGCUUCACUCAUCAGAAGAUGGAGAUAUGGCUGAUUUAAAAGCUUUCAAAAGCGAGAUUCAUGCUUUAACACAAAUAAGGCAUCGCAAUAUCGUCAAGCUUUAUGGCUUCAGUUCAUUUGCAGAGAACUCGUUUUUGGUUUAUGAGUUUAUGGAAAAGGGGAGUUUGCAAAACAUUCUAUGCAACAACGAAGAAGCAGAAAGAUUAGAUUGGAUUGUGAGGCUAAACGUUAUUAAAGGCGUGGCUAAAGCUUUAUCCUAUAUGCACCAUGAUUGCUCACCUCCUGUAAUUCAUCGAGACAUAUCGAGCAAUAAUGUUUUGUUAGAUUCAGAAUAUGAAGCUCAUGUAUCUGACUUCGGCACGGCUAGGCUUUUAAAGUCAGACUCAUCUAAUUGGACUUCAUUUGCAGGAACUUUUGGUUAUACUGCUCCAGAACUUGCUUACACGAUGAAGGUGGAUAAUAAAACUGAUGUUUAUAGCUUCGGUGUUGUGACAUUGGAAGUAAUUAUGGGAAGGCAUCCUGGAGAACUCAUCUCAUCCCUGUUAUCAUCUGCGUCCUCAUCAUCCUCAUCACCAUCAACCAUCCACCACUUACCACUGAAUGAUGCGAUGGACCAGCGCCCAUCACCUCCUGUGAAUCAACUGGCAGAGGAAGUAGUGGUUGCAACGAAGUUAGCAUUUGAAUGCUUGCAUGUUAAUCCCCAAUUUCGGCCAACUAUGCAACAAGUUGCUCGAGCACUCUCAACACAGUGCCCACCAUUGUCAAAAUCGUUUUCCAUGAUUAUGUUGGGUGAGCUGCUGGGUCAUGGUCAUGGGGGUGAAACUAGCUGAGGGUAUUCACUUCUCCAUGUAAAUUUUGUUAUCAAUUGAGUAUUACUGUAAAAGCUUAUAUUGGGUAGAGUAAGAAG